ACUAAAUGGGCUAUAAAUGAUUAGAUUGAAGCCUAACGCACUCACUAAAAUCAUCACUGCAGUCAAAAGACAUUAAACAAUAACUUUUCUUCACAUUUUUCUGAAGCACUGUUUUGCACUUGAAAAUUUGGAAGAAAAAGCCAUUGAAGUUGAAAAUUGUCAACUUGAAACAUCCCGGCCGGAGCAAGAUAGCAGGUUAUAAGUAUUUGUAUGACGUUCGUCAGAGAAAAGUAGGAGUUCGAUUUCACAUGUUUUGAUGGAUGGAAAGAUAGGAUUUAAAGGCACAGGACAUUAGCAUUUAAAGGCUGCUGCAGGGUGAUAUUUGCAAAUUUUUGCCACCCACAAAAAUUGUGUCAUCUGAACCAAAAUGUAUUAACAGAAAUAUUAAGCCUGAUUAACCUUCUAUGUGUCACAAUGGAAGAUUUAUUUGUAAAAUGAUUUUUACUGUGAAAAAUCACAUGAUUUGUGGAACAUCAAAAUUACAGUUUAGAGCUCAUUUUCAUUUUUUUGAUCUAGCAUCUAGGAAAUAGGAGCUAGGCUCUCCAUUUUUUGAUGAUUUGUGAGGAUGAUGGAUAGCUACCUAAUAGUUAAUAGAAUAUAAUUUGUGCUUUUGAGAACAACGAAAAAAUCGCAACAUUUAAAGGCUGCUGCAUUUAAAGGCAGACGACUUUCCCCUAAGUCUCAUACGAAAAAUAAAAGAAAAUUCCCAUUAUUCCAAGGCAUGAACAUUCGAAAGGAGAGUACUUUCCCGUACCAAAAAAGGCCAAAAAAUAAACCUGUUUCCCCCUAUCUUUUAAAUGUGUCAAAUGCACGUAUUCUUUGAAGAAAUAGAAAUUUUGGACUAUGAAGAAAAUAAAAAUAGAAAUUUUGUCACUUGAAAAUUUAAUUUUUUUUUAUCAAUUUUUAGAGACAAAGAUAUACGUAAAACAUGCAUGUCUCAUUUUUUCUCUCCUUCACAAAAGUUCCAUUUCAAAAUCGGGUUUUCUAUUGUAAUCUCGAAAUCAUGUUAUGCUUUUUCGCUACUUUUAGGUUUAUUUUGUAACUUCGCGGAUCGCGGUGUGUUCGUGGAUUUUAGUGGGCCGCGGAAUUUUUCGUGUAUUUGCGUGGAUCGCGGUGUUGCUCCCGGAUUUUCUCGGAUCGCGGAAUCGUUCACGAAUUUUCGCGAACCGCGAAAUUUCUCGCGGAUCGCGGAGUCUUUUGCGGACCGAAGAAUUUCUGACGGAUUUACGCAGCCGGCAGAAUUUAUUGUGGAUUUUCCCGGACCGUGGAUUUUUUCGCGGAUUUUUGAAGAUCGCAGUAUUACUCGCGGAUUGCGGAAUAGUUUCUGAGCCAUUUUGGCAUUAAAGUUUUACAUGUAUUUUUGUGCAUUUCUGACAAUCGAAUUUGCACUCUUCAAUUUUCAACGACCUCGAGUUGCACGCAUUUCGAGGUUUCCUGUAAUGAAUCUCAGCUAGCAUCAGGUCAUCUGGACUGGACUUCGAUUUUGCCCCCAAUUCGAAUUUGCAAUGAAAGAAUCACACAUAGCAUAAGUCCAUUUAGGCUUAUCACUGACUUUUUUCUUCUCCGAGAAAAAUUAUAUCGGCAUAUUAUGUAGUCACCGAUAUUAGCUGGUUUUGUGAAAUGCCCAUGACGAUUGACGAUUCAUAAUUUUUACGAUUUUCUACAAUUUUUUGAAACAACGAGACUGAUCGUGAAAAUCAUAAAAAUUCGCUAAGCUGUAAUUCAUAAGAUUUCUCACACAGGGGAUGAGUUUUGUUGUUUUGUAUUCUUUUUUCUCCUCCGCCUGAUCGCAGAAAACUGCAGGCGUGCUGAAGGUCAGAGAGAAAAGGAAAGACAUGGUGAAAAAUGCGACGCGUAAUCUUGUGGCGAAUUGCUGAACAAUUUUGAGUAGAAUUUCUCGGAAGCUCGGAAAGCUAUCAAAAGCUCAUAAAAAUUUCCAAUUUGGAGCAUGUUGUUUAAAAUUUAAUUGCAAAAAAACUAUUAGGAGUUUCUCCAAUUCUAAUGUACCAUUUGAAAGCUAAUGAAAUGUAGAUUGGUACAAAAAUAAUUAUUAAUUCGGAAAAAAUGAUAUUCUCGGUACAAAGAUGCAAUGAAAACUGUCAUUUUUUGGACAAUUUUCAAUUGAAAAAUACUUGGAAAAUUUGUAUGAAAAGUGAAAGAAGUGAAACAGGCAUUUUGUAGAGCAUGUCUUUAGGAACAAAAUUAAAAAAAAAAUAUACCUCUCUAUCUUUCAUAUUCUAGGAGAUAAUGCAGCUUCUUUGUGGCAUGUUUUAGGAGUAUACGAAUGUUUGGAAAAUUAUAUUACGAAAGCAAAACAGUUUUUCAAAAAAUUAAAACAGGGAAUUCAAAGAUAAUAUAAAAAACUACCCUCAGUUAAAUUUUCAAGGAAAUAUCUCAAAAAUUGUAAGACUUGAUACACUUUUAAUUUUGGGUUUUUGUAUGGAGACGCCAUUUUCUGGCUUUUCGAUCCUCUUAAGUAAGGCACUAUAGAACCAAAAAUCUUUUUAUUUGCUUAUAACACUCUUGGUCCCAUAAUUGAGAUUACUAUAAGUAAAGUGGCGCACUGUUAAGGAUCUUAAGAGCUCCUUUAGGAAUUUCUACAGAAAAUUAUCACUUUAAGUCUUUUAAAAGUGCACUAAAAGACUUGUUUAAUACUUGGUUCUAUAAGGCAGUUAUUUUGCUUCUUGGGGUCUUUCCUCCUUCAGUAAUCUCGUUUUGACCCUUUUGACCACUAUCCAAAAAAUCCAUUUAAGACUGUUUAUAUUAUAGAAUUAUUCAAAAAGUAGUACAUAUUAUUACUAAACUCUAGUUGUUGUUUUUUUUUUUUUUUUGAUAAAACGUGUUAUUCAUUGGUUAUUUUGAAAGUGGCAAAAAGUAGUUAGUACAUCCUGAAAUAUUAUUCCCUAUACUUGAAAAACAAAAUUUAAAAGAAAACAAUCUUGUUGUACCUUGGUGUUAAUUUACAGUCUAGGAGGGUUCACACCUCAUUUCUCUGCAGUACGUUUAAUAAAUAAGAAAAAUUAAUAUAUGAAAAUAUAUGAACAAUUUGUGUAAAUUGAAGUGUGGCAAUUUUUACGUCUCAUGGUAUUUUCCUCACUAUUUCAUAUAAUAUUUAUCAUUAUUAUCGUCAUCAUCUCAUGAUUCUCACUUUUGAAUGCGACGCAGAGCAAAAAGGAGGAGAGGACACGAGAGCAGGGAAUAAAAGAAAGACAUUCGCAGCAAAUAUUGAACUUUUAUAUGUGGUUAUACAGAUAUAAAACGUAUAAACAAAUUUUGUGCCGUUGUCAUGCCAUUAACUUAAGGCAGUCCAGUCCAGUCCAGAUCAAUAUGUACUUUGUAUACAUAUAUUACUAUAUACAGUACAAAACCAUAUACCUAUAAGAUGUGAAUAUAAAUUUAAGAAUUUCAAAGUGUAGCGUCUGUGAUGUACAUCGUAUGUAUAAACGAGAGAUACAGAGAGAGAGAGAGAAGUUUAUAUAUAUAAAAUUUUAAUUCAUAUUAUCUCAAUAGUUUUAAAUAUAUAGAGAAAAACAUAAAUAUGUGGAUAGAAAUGGAAGGAGAAGUUCAGUUGCAUACAUGAUGAAAAUGUUAUUAUAUAUACAGAUUUCCCCUCUUUGUGCUAUCUACGUGGUGUGCUAUGUAUGUGUUGUGCUUGAAGAAAUGGGAAAUCAGCAUUGUCACGCCAGCAUUGAUGGCAGUGGCGUGCUUGUAUAAAGAAAAUCACACAGGAAAGCUGGUUGGGAACAAUUCAGGCCAGAGAAUGAAGUCAGUCUAAAUUGAGAGCUUGUCGAGUGAAGAACUUGAAGAAGAUAAAUUCUCAUACAUAUACUUUGCUGUAUAGUCUGUUUUUUUUUUUUAAUUCAAUAUCAAAGAGAAUUUCACAGCAAAGAUAAUUGCGUAAUUUUUUCUAAUGUAAAGUUUCUUUCACAAUUUUCUGCGAAAUUGGUGUUACUCCAGACACAAUAUAUAUUUAUAUAUGUGGGAGAGAGAACAUUUCAUUGCGUUAAAUAAGAUUUCUUUUAUCUUCAACUGAGAAAGGUAAAAAAAAGAGCAAGGUAAAAACAUAAAAUUGUGUGAAAUCUUCAGCAUCACAUGGAUUUUGGUAGACAGUUAAAAGUCCAGCCAAAAUUUAGUUCACGGCGCAAAAGUGCUUCAUUAAGAAGAAAGAGAAACGUAACGUGGCAAUUUAGUUGAUAAAUUUUACCAGUGUUUUUCUGAUAAGUGCGUAUACUUCCAAAUCAUCCUGAUUCAGUAUAUGAACAAAUGAAAUUUCCGCUAUAUAGUACACCUAGAAUUUCCAUAUCUUGGAAAAGUUGACAAACAUUUAAAAAAAAAAAGUGGUGAAAACGGUGAAAAUAACCGAAAAUUUGUAUCGUCAGCAACAUAGUGGUUAUAGUGAAUUAGAGAAAAACAGGAAUAACUUGUGAGGAAGUUUAUGUAAAAUAUAUUUAUCUGUUUUUCUGAAUAUAAAUUGAAGUGGAAAAAGUGGUGCUUUUGGUUUGUGUUUCUUCGAAACAAUUUAGCAAGAAAGUGGGAAGUAACGAAUGUUAACUAUACAAUACACAGUUAACAAUAAGACAACUAAGUGAUCAAUAUUUUUCAUUGGAAUUUACCAGUUUGCCAACAAUUUUCGUCUUUCUUUAUACUUAUCCAUCCUCAAUUACAUUCUUGACACUGGGUGACACCACCAAGUCAUUGGUAGGAGUGUGAAUGCAAUAGGUGGAAAAUAUAUUUGCGAAAUAAGCAGUUGCCUAAAGGACACUCAUCAACUUUGACAAGUUAAUGAGAAAUUGAUGUGAAAAUCAGCACAAAUUUGCAAGUCAUCAGUUUACACAGUGGAUUUAAAAUCCCUUCUAAAAGUAUGCAGAAAAUUAACAAUUAGGACAAUUUUAAUAAGAGUAGAAAGAAAAGUGGACUUUGAUGAGAUUACUACAAUUUAAAGAGAGAGAAAAAAAAAACAAAUCUCGGUGUAUGUGUUAUUAGAAUAAUUCUUGAAAAUUCAAAGAGGAGGUUACAUAAAUUGGAGCAGUGUAAUACUGGCACGGUGAAGAAUUGUGAUUAAUAUCGUGUAAAAGAAACAAAAAGAAACACAGUGAUAAAAUUGAGGACUGUUUGCUGCAAAAAUUAUCAAAAGAAAAACAAAUCAGCAAAAUAUCUUUUAUAAAUAUUACCCAAAAAUUGCGAAAAUUUGACGACAAUUUGAGUGAGAGAGAAAGAAGAUCAUGGAACGUGAGUCAAAUCCAAUGCAACCAAUGUGCAGAUCUGGAUGUGGAUUCUAUGGAAAUCCAGCCACAGAUGGACUCUGUUCAGUCUGCUACAAAGAUUCACUGAGAAAAAAGCAACAGCCACCUGUUAGCAGUACUCCUGUUCCUGCUUCAACCAGCCCCUCUGGUGGAUCCAGUAAUGUUGGCACAGUUACAGUUGUCUCACAGACGCAAACACAGAAUUUCGCCAGCGCGGUUACAGUCACUAGUACAGCUCAGCCAACAGUGCAAAGUUUGCAACAGCACAAUGAAAUUAAAGAUAAAUUACCCAGCGACGACUCCUCUUCCAAUUCAAGUGCAGGCCCAUCUGCCACGGGCAACAAUGAACAGGAUGAUAAGGAGGAUAAAGAGUCAAAGAAGAAGAAGAACCGUUGUGCCGUUUGCCGUAAAAAGGUUGGAUUGACAGGUAAGGGUUUUGAAUGUCGCUGUGGCGGUUUGUACUGCGCCAUCCAUAGAUAUAGUGAUAAACACGACUGUACAUUUGAUUAUCGAGAACACGGAGCUCAAGAAAUUAGGCGCAAUAAUCCCGUUGUAGUUGGUGAAAAAAUUCAAAAAAUUUGAACUCUCGUGCCAUCAUUUCAAUGUAAUAAUCAAUAUAUAAUAUUAAAAAAAAAACUAUAAUUAUAUUAAAAUGAGAAAUUAAUUGAUUUAAGUAAGGAAACUGAGAACGUUUUGAGAAAAAAAGUAAAGAAAACAUUACAUAUGCAUAUAAUUAUAUAUUAACUAUUAAUUCAUUAAAAAAAAAUAUUGAAAAAAAACCUUGCGAAAAUUCUUUUUAAUUUGUUUCAGAAAAAAAAAUAAAAAGAGUCCUAUACCAUCUUAGAAGACAUGUUCGGAAAAUAAAUUUUAAAGAAAAUGGAAAACAUUAGGAAUGAAAUUCUCAUAAAGCAUAAAACAUGUUUCAGUCUUUUUUUGUAGUGAUAAUCUUUUUCUUUUCCUUAAAACAAAAAAUAAAAUUACAAACCAAAAUGGUUAGAAAUGCAUUAUUAAAAGAAACAUAACUGAAUACCCUUAUUAAAUUUACGACCUCUGCAACAGGAAUAACUUGAGUAACAUGAACCAAACUUACACUUUUUUUGUUUUUUUUUUUAAUUUUUCAUUUACAUAACACAUUACACCUCAAUUUCCAGCGAUAGGAAGUCUUUUUUACACUGUGUACAGAAUUAAAAUGUUCUAACAGGCUACAGCUAUUUAAAAUAAAAAAAAAAGAAGUGAAAUAAAUGGCGAAUAAUCCACAAACAUCAAACUAAUCAGAAUUUGACUUGCAUAUAGUAAUAGAAAAAAAUUAUUUAUAUAUAUAAACAUUUAUAUAUUGUAACUUGAAUGAAAUAUACAGGAAGUGGAUAUAUAGUUAAGUCGUAUCGAGGAAAAAUUAUGAUGGAUUAUUGGUCUAAAAGAAAAACUACAAGAUAAAAACUAAAUGUUUUAUAUUAAAAUAUAAGUUUGAUUAAAGCGAAAAAAAGAUGAAAAAAAAAUUACACACAGAAAUGUGAGAGGAUUUUGAGUACGAGUGUAACAUUGUAGUGAGUAAAUGUACAAUGCUGGCAAGAAUAUUCUUUACAGAGUAAACAUUAAUGGUAAUGAUGAAGCAAAAGGACAAAAAAAAAUGAUAAGUUGCAAAUUAUGAAGGAAAAUAAAAAUCUUGUGGGUGAAAAUAAAAAUGAGAACGCGAAGAGUCAGGAAAGCCUCAAAACAGCACACAAAUCGUGUGUACGGGAUUUGCGUGUAAAUGUUUAUUAUUCUUUGUAAAGUUAAGAUAUUUUAUUAUUCUAUUAGUUUUUUUUCUGGUAAUAGAAAACCACUGGACAGGCCACAGAUAGGGGUCACAAAUCUAAACACAGAUAUUGUUUUUUUUUUUCUGAAGACCUAUCACUCAAUAAUCUGGGAAAGAACACUAAUCACUAAAGAUAUUUUUAAAGUCAAAAAGAGCUGACAAAGAGGAGAUAAAGAAACGUAGAAAAAAACGCGUGACGAUGUUGCCUGACGAUAUUUCAGUUAAACAUUAUCACUCAACAUUUCGGAUUAUUUAAAUUUUUUCACGAGAAAUUUGUAGCGAAGAAAAAAGUUUUCAGCGCCAAUUGUUGUAUAAAUAUUGCCAAAUUACCCUAUUCUCGUUCCCCUUUUAUUAAUCGGAUGGUUUAACAUUUAGAACAUUUCUAAAUUUCUUUUAUUUCAGGAUUUAUGGUGUCUACACACUAUGAGCAAUUUUCGUCAAAAAUUGCCUUUUCUUUUAAAUUGACUGCCUACAAUGAUAGGGAAAAUUUUCUUUAAAAAAAUCUUUUUUUUUUUAAUUUUUUUUCAAGUGUGUAGAGACCUUUAGAACCUUUAGGGAUAAAUCACAUUGAUCGUCAAAUUUUUACCGUCACCGCCAAAAAAUAAGGUUUUUUUUUUUUUACAAAUUUACGCAUUUUUAUCCUAAAUACUCAAUUUAUAAAUUUCUUCAUGCUGGAAAUGUUUGAAACGUUGGAUAAAACAUUUUUAACUUUCGUAUUUUUUCGUAAAUUAAAGAAACUAAGAAGUGUUGAGGGUAAAGAAUUACCGGUCACUGUUAUUUAGCCCUCAGGCUGAUCUUCGAGAAUAUUUAGCUCUUGACAUUAAAGGAUUAGGUAAAAGAAAUUAUGCAAAGGAUCUCUAAUCGAUGAUCGCUAUCAGUGUAUAACUGUUUGGGACGAAUCUUUACUGUCUGUCAAGUUUUACAAGCUAAAUAUUUUCGAGGAUGAGCCUGAGACUAUUUAGGCCCUGAGAGCAUCAAAAUGGAUUAGUGGUAGAUCCUCAGCAGUGCGACUUGAAUGUUUUGAUUCGAAAAUCUUUCUUAAUUCGACAAAAAAAUUUUGAUAUAUCGAAUUCUUUCGCACCUAUCUAGCUGCAGCAAAUUAACGGUUUUGAAAUAAGAAAUGCGAUUUUCAUGCUUCAUUUCGACCGUAGCCUGAAAAGAUCAGAUUUUGUCUGAAGAAAGAGCUUGAUCACUGAUUGAUCGUAGAUUUUUACCACUUUACACGAUUCUGUGAAGCAACUGAAGCCAUUUACAGCGUCGGAUUAGAUUAAGAUUGAUACUAAUUUUAUCAUUAUAAACCGAAAGUUUAAUCUCGCUUGAUGAUUUGAAAUGAAUUGGAUUGGAUGCAACCUAUCCCACACUUAUUCAAUAAAAUUGUUGCAAUGUACUAAAAGGAACUUAGUGCGGCAGUGGGGUACCUUUGAAUUGGAGCAUCUUUGGAACAGGAUUCUUUUCUCCUAUUUUCAAAUGGAACUAAGCCUUAUCAUAAUGCAAUUUAGCUUCACAAUAGGUUUGUGGAACUAAAUUAUAUCAUGGUACGGUCCAGUUUCAAUCAGAAAUAGGACAAAAAGCCCUAUUUCAAAGUGGCCCCUAAUUCAAAGGUACCCCCACUUCCUUCUCUUAUUUGACAUCAGAGAAGUAAUUCACGAGCGUAACCAGAUAAUUUGUUGAUUGGUUACUCGUUAAUAUAUUUUAUAAAGGUAAUUUUGCCACCCUGCUCAAAAGAAGAGAAAGUGUCUCGGAUUAAUACUUAAUGAAGUGUUGUACGAGAUAAUUGCUUUUGGCCAUGCACUGAGAAAAAAACGGGAGUGCGAUUAACUUUUUUUCCUCAUUACACUUUUUAGGUGUAAAAAUAUAUCAACAUUUUUUAAUGUUAAUUUUACGCCUUUUUAAAGGUAAAAUUAACAUGACAAAGAGUAACUUUAACCCCUAAUACACCUAAAAAGCAUACUUUUUACAUCGAUUUCGGAUCAAUACUGUAGGGUAAAAUAAACAUUUCCGGAAUGUUAUUUUAACUUUUUCGGAUUUCUCUCAGUGUGGCUUAAAUUCCGAUUAAUCAGGCAAUAGACGACCGAAAUAGACAGUAACCAGUUACCAGUUGUGACUGGUAAUUUUCAAGAAUUUGACCUAAGUUUUUUUUUAAUUAUGCAGGAAGAAAAUAAGUAUUUCAGUGUCAUUAUCUCCUAAAAAGAAUAACUAUUUAUCAAAUUUAAAAUUCCAUAAUUUUAAUCUAUUUGUAGUGUCCAACUUUACCCUGAAAGUGUCCAAAAUUACAAGCACUUCUCUACUAAAAAAUCUUGCAAAUUCUAUUUAAUUUCAUUUUAUUUCUUUAUGUUUUUUUUAAUUGCCUUUUGGGAAGUAUCAAAUUCGCUGCUUUAAAUAAAAUUCUAACCUCAGGAAAAGUCUUGCCCAUAUGGAUAAUUCAAAAGAUAAGGCCGAAUGACCUAAUUCCCCUAAUUCAGAACAUGCUUUAAAUGCGACUUUUUUUUAUUAAAACUUCUCAAUAGGAAAGGUUUUUAGAUUUAUCUAGAGUGCAAAGAACCAAUAAGAUUGUGGCAUAGAUAAUUACGAAAAUAAGGGUGGUCUGAUACUUUAUCGUUGAAACGAGCACUAGAAGGUCCGUAAAACUUCUAGAAAUUGUCAAGAUUGGUGUGAAAUAUCUGAAUAUCAAGUUCUGAAUUAGGCUAUUCUACCCUAAUCUAACAAGAUUAGAUUUGGAUUUAGGGCAAUUCCAAUCACAAUCUGAUCCGGCAGUGUAAAUAGCCAUUUUCUUGUUUUGGAAGAACAGAAGAAAAUUAAUAAUUUAUGAGACAAUUUCACUCGCAAAUUGUUUGAGAAAUCUAAUCAGUUGAAUAGUGGGGGCGGUAUCAAGCUCUACUCUGAAGAUCGUAUUAGACCAGGAAAAAAAGAUAAUUUUUCGACUUGAUAUACUUCAGGCAAGACAAAAUUCAGUGUUGGCUAAUUCAAAUGAGACAGAUCACUGCUAGAUAAGACAUACAGUCUAAUUUAAUUUAUGAAAAAAGAACGAAAAGGGUUAAAAUUUAGGCCCAGUUGUAGGCCUUAGGUUCAGUAUGUGCUAAUAUCAAUUCUCAUAGAUACUCUUUUUCAAAUUGAACAGGGGUUAGUUGCGCAAUUUUCUCAUUCGUCAAAUUGUUACUAAAUCAAAAUUACAAAGAAUCAUGUUCUGAUUCUUAAAAAAAAAACAACUAGUUUUAAAGGCCAAAAAGAAAUAAAUUUCUUAUAUCAUUUUGACUUCCAAUGAAAAAUUUCUAGAAAUCAAAAUAAUGUCCUCUUUGCGACAGCUAUUUCAAAAAUCUACUAUUUCCAAAUCCACAAAAAAAAAUCACAAUUCAUUCACGAACUUUAGCAAUAGUCACACAAAUGGGGAAAAUGGGAACUAACAAUAAAACAUAGACACUGCUAAAGUAAAGAAAAGGAAAUCUUUAUACUAAAAAAAAAAUCAAUGAAUUUGUCCACAAUUUAGUAGAAAAAUAUUUGUUUUAUAAAAUUUAUUCUAUACAAUUUAUGUUUGUUAUUAUUACAUAUUACAUGCAAAUACACAAUUAAUAGUCUAUUGAUAUCUUUUCUUUUAUCAUUAGUCUUAGAAAGAAAAUCAAGGGAUAGAAAUUUGAGACUUUUGAUCAUACUAGGAGAGAUAUCAUUAAAUUUAAUAAAAGGAGAAAAAAAUCAUGUUUAUGGUGUAAUUCAGUGCUUUUUAACAAUUUUUUUUUGUUUGUUGUUGAUGCUUUUCGUUCCAAUUCAGAGACAUACACAAGAAUUGAAAGACAAAAUUUAUUCAAUGAAUGUAUAGGAAAGAAAAUCACUUUCACCCUGCUUUAAAGAGAAGAGGAAAAAAAAUCAUGAAAAAUUUGAAGAAUAAAAAAAAUGCGUGCAAUUGAUUUUUAUUUUUAAUAAGAAAAAAAAAACCAAGAAAAUUACAAAAAAAAAAUCACACUAAACAUUUACUCUUUAUUUUGCUACUUGUACUGCAUAUUGUAGUAAUUGCAACUUAAAUGUUUAUUGAACUGAUAUAGUAACAAGUAAAGAAAAAAAAGAUAAUGCAAAAAAAAUGGAUUUCUUAAGAAAAGGAAAACUUAAGUCAUAAAAGAAUUAAUAAAAGUAUAAUUAUCGUGUGAGUGAUAAGGAGAAAUAUAAGUGAAAAAAAAUAUUAACAUGAAAUAUUAAUUGCGCACUAUUUGAAGAUGGUAUAUAUUUUCGAUAUAUAGAAAAAAUAUAGAGUUGACAAAAAAACGCCAUUGAGAAAAAGAUUGAAAAAAGUUUUAAAAAGAAUUUUACUUUGAUAAUUCACAUUUUCUUCGCAGAAGCAGACAUUUUCUUGAGAAGAAUAAAACUGAAAUUAAAUUGACAAAAAAAACUACACAUAAUUUCUUCUUCGUGAUUUUCAAAAUAAAAUUCAAUACAUUUUUUCUGUAAUAUUUUCAAAUUUGCCGAAAAAAAGGAGUAGCUGAAAAUUUCCUUCAAUAGUUAAAUAAACAAAAAAAUAAUGAGAGAAGAAAAAUAAAAAAAGAUAUAUAAGAGAAAAUCUAUUUUGUACACUAUUUAUCUGUUCCAUGUGGAUAUUUUUUAAAUCAUUUAUCCCACAACAAUUGUAUACAUGAUUAAAUUGUAAUUAAGAAGAGAGGAGAUGAAAAGUGAAAGGAAAACAAGGAAAUGUAUUGAAUUUUGAUGAAAACAAAUAACUGAUUAAAUGAAGAAGUUGUUAAAUGUUAAGAGGCAUAAAAUAGUAAAUGCGCAUUGACUUAAAAGCCACUCACAAUUUCUUACAUGUUCCACCGUGUUUACACAAUUUUUGCAAAAAGCUAAAAGAAACAAAGAAAAAAAAACUAUUGAGGUCAUACCGAAUGGCCGAAUACACGAUCUUCUCUUGCGAUGUGGUUCAUCAUUAUUAAUUUUCACUAUCAAUUUCUUGUAACGGAUUAUUACUGACGGUCUCUAGUUGAAUCCUUGGAUAAAAAAAAUCAUUAAAAAAAACUAGUGCUUGACUUUAGAUAGUUCUUUUUCGUUUUAUUAUUUCUUUGUCUGCUUUAACACGUAUAUUUACUACAAGAGUUAUUAUUCAAAACGAAAAUUUAAAAAAAAAUGUAAAGAGAUAAAAAAAACAUGUAAAGUCGUAUAAACUUAAUGAAGAGAUCAUAACAUUCAACAUAAAGAACAAGUGAAACAAUAAGAGAAUGGAAAAAAUUGUAAAUAAUUUGUAGGAAAAUUUUCAUUUUAUUAGUUUGUUAGUUUAUAUGAAAAAAAAAAUUAUGGAAAGAAAAAAAAAGAAGCAAAAAAAUGGAAUUAUAUACAUAAAUACAUUAUUAAUUAUAUGCAAAUAAUUUUUUGUUUGGUUCUUCAACAAUUUAAUUACAAAAACUGAAAAAAAAUAAAGUAUCGUACUAGAAAUA